AUGUGGACGCUCGGGCGCCGCGCAGCCGCCGGCUUUCUGCCCCCGGCGGCGCCCCAGGGCCCGGCACAGGCCUGUACUACGGCCCGGCCGCUGGCGGAACACACCCUGCUCUGCGGCCGCCGGGACCUGCUCACCGGGACCGCCGCGAACUGGGCGCCUGGCCAAGACAGCUUGAACUUCCGCUGCCUCAACCAGAUUCUGAAUACCAAAAAGCAGAGUGCCCAUUUGAUGAAUUUGAGGAAAACGGGAACUUUGGGUGAUCCAGGCUCUCUAGAUGAGACCACCUAUGAAAGACUGGCAGAGGAAACUCUGGAUUCCUUAGCAGAGUUUUUUGAAGACCUUGCAGAUAAAUCUUACACAUUUGAGGAUUAUGAUGUCUCAUUUGGGAGUGGUGUUUUAACAAUUAAACUGGGUGGAGAUCUGGGAACCUAUGUGAUCAAUAAGCAAACCCCAAACAAGCAAAUCUGGUUAUCUUCUCCAUCCAGUGGGCCCAAGCGCUAUGAUUGGACUGGAAAAAACUGGGUGUACUCCCACGACGGCAUUUCCCUCCAUGAGCUGCUGACUGCAGAGCUGACUGCAGCUUUGAAAACCAAAUUGGACUUAUCUUCCUUGGCCUAUUCUGGAAAAGACACUUGAUGCCCAGCCCAUUUUUAAGGACAUUAAAAGCUAUAAAGCCAAGACCCCAGCUUUGUUCUA